UGCGCGCAGGGCGCCGCGGCUGUUUUCAGCAAAGCGAUCUCUGAGUUUCGUCUCCCUCUGGACCGAGAAUUUGCUGUUGCUUCAAAAAUGGAACUUGACAUCCAGUGUAAAAAAUUGAGUGCGAAAAAAUGGAAAGACCUUAUUCCAGCCCUAAAGCAGUCCAAAUCCAUUAGGUUGGAUGACUGCAGCCUAUCGGCUAGUCAUUGUGAAGAUAUGUCCUCUGCUCUGAGAACCAACCAAACAUUGACAGAGCUGAAGCUGGACAACAAUGAAUUGGGAGACGCUGGUGUGGACUCGCUGUGCAAGGGAUUGCUGAAUUCAAGUUGCAAGCUUCAGAAACUAAGCUUGCGGAGCUGCAACCUAACCAAAGGCUGCUGUGAGAGUGUCCGUACUCUGCUUAGUAACAAACCCGGCUUGACUGAGCUGAACCUGGGCGACAACAGUUUGGGCACAGCAGGAGCAAAAGUAUUGUGCCAGGGACUUCUGGAACCAAACUGCCAACUGGAGAACCUUCACCUGGAGUACUGUGAAUUCUCACCUGCGAACGUGGAGGCGCUCUGCACCAUACUGCGCACCAAGCCGUCUCUGAAGGAACUCAACCUGAGCAACAACAAGUUUGGGGAUGCAGGAGUGACACUUCUAUGCCAAAGUAUUCUGGACCCCAACUGUAACCUGCAGUCACUGCACUUGGAGAGCUGUGACUUCACCGCUGCUAGCUGUGAGGACCUGAGUGCUGUUCUCAGUGGAAAGCCCUCCUUGAAGGAGCUCUGCAUAGGCGAGAACAAGAUUGAGGACGCAGGCGUAGCAGUCCUAUGCCAGGGUGUACUGAACCCAAACUGCAAAAUAGAAAAGCUGUGGUUAUGGGAAUGUGACAUCUCUGCUCCUGGCUGCAAAGAGCUCUCCAAUAUCAUUGGUAACAAAGAGACUCUCCGGGAGAUGAGCCUGAUUGGAAAUGGUCUGAAAGACGAAGGAAUGGACUUCUUAAGUCAAGGGCUGAAGAAUCCAAACACUAAACUCCAGUCGCUGUGGUUAAGAGAAUGUGGUUUGACUACCGCCUGUUGCAAGAACUUGAGCUCUGCUGUCGCCGUGAACGGUGUCUUGAAAGAGCUGCAUUUAGGUUUCAAUAAACUUGGCGAUGAAGGAGUGAUUCAGCUCUGCGAUGGGGUGAUGAACUCCGGUUGCAACCUACAGUCCCUCUGGUUGGGACAAGCAGGUCUCACUGCUGCUUGCUGUGAUAAGCUUGCCGCACUCAUCGUCGGAAAACCGUCCCUCAAAGAACUGGAUGUCGGCUACAGCCACAUAGAGGACGAAGGGGUGCGGAAGCUCUGUGAAGCAGUGAAAAAUCCGAACUGCCAGCUGAAGUAUUUAAUUUUGUAUGAUACUUACUGGAGUCCUGAAGUGGAUGCUGAACUGAAGGCCCUGGAAGAGCUGAAACCUGGAUUUAAAGUGGUUACAUGAGUACCACAGUCUUGCUGUGGCUACUUCUUUUGCCUUUUUUUUUUCCUUUCAGGAUUUUUUCUAUAAACCAAGCUAGCCACCCAUAUGGUGAUGAACUUUAUUGCGAUUACAAGUUUAUGGGCUUGGCAAAUGUGGCGUACCUAGAAACCACAUUUGAAACCAGGAACGUAUGGGCACCUCGGUGGUGGAGCAGGUCUGGAAGAAAAAUCUGGAAUAUCUGCUCAGUCCAGACUAUAUAUAAAUCAAUAAAAUUAUAUUAGUGGGUUUUCUGCCAUUCGGAAAAUGGCAAGAGCAGCACAAAGUGGAAUACAUCCCUUGCUAGCAGUUGUAAAGCAAUAAUUAUAAUAAUUAUUUACAAAUUAUUCAAAUUAUUCCCUAGGGAGAGUAUAUAUUGGAAGCGUUUCGAUAGGAUGAAUAUGGGAUAAUGCUCUUUCUUAUUGCCACAGUAAUGACAUAUGUGCCUUCCCCUUAAAUAUCAACAAUUUCAUGUUUUCUGCUGAAAGUGCAACAGGUGAACUUCGUGUAUCUUGAUCAGCGUUUCUAGCUCUGUAGAAACCUAAAUAAAGUUUGCUUGCAAAGAGA